ACAACGAUCAAAACGCUCACAUUUGGCAAAUGGUUCAAUCAACCUAUUACUUCAAGUACAUUCCCAACAUCUCUAAUAUCACUAACCUUUGGUGAAUCAUUCAAUCAACCGAUUCCGCCUGGUUCGCUUCCGUCAUCAAUCACCUCUCUGACUUUUGGUUAUAAGUUUAGACAAGAAGUUUUCGUGGGAUCAUUACCAUGUUCUCUCACAUCUUUGACGUUUUAUGGUUCUUACCCUAUGGACAAGUUGGUUAAAGCUGGCGGUUUCCCACCAUCACUUAUCAAGUUGGAGGGUGACAUAUGUCACACAAUUAGCCCAGGAUCUUUCCCAAUGUCGCUCCAAUCAUUGCGGAUAAAUAACACCUUUAACGAAACAUUGACCACUCGAAUUCUCCCACCCUCCCUCACGAGCUUGACAUUAGGAGACGCAUUCAACAAACCAAUUGAUCCAGGUGCAUUGGGAUCAACACUUACUUCGCUUACCUUCUUUUGUCAUUUCAACCAACGAAUCAUCCCUGAAAUGUUGCCUCAGUCGCUCCAAAUACUUGAAUUUGGUUCCUGGUUUAACAACAUCAUUGAUGGCGGAGCACUACCACCUUCGCUGACUACACUAAAGUUUGGCUCUCGAUUUAACAGAUUACUCUUACCUGGAGUCUUGCCAUAUUCACUCAUUAAUUUGUCCUUCGACUCAAACUUUAAUCAACCGCUCAACAAUGCACUUCCCUCAUCCCUACAAACCUUGACAUUUGGAGUAUCAUUCCGACAGAGUCUUGUGAAUAUAUUACCCCCAUCAAUUACGUCGAUAACAUUAUAUGACUCUGAUGGUUACAGUUGUGAAGACUUCUCUUCUCUCCCAAUCACUCUCAGAUCAUUGACAUUCACGUAUCAAUACAGGAGAAUAAUCAGUCCUGGUACAUUGCCGCCAGCACUUCUCUCAUUCAAUGGCCUCGACUCUGUCCAAGACAUUACACCCGGUCUUCUUCCAGCCACAUUGACAUCAUUGAUGCUCGGACCAAGUACCAAACUUGUGGACAUAUCUGACCUCCACAAACUCCAGUAUUUGACGAUACCCACUCUUGAACAACUGCAGAGUUUCCCAUCUUUACAUUCGCUCAGCAUCACUGUGGACACGCGAUAUCGCUCAGUUGAUGACAUUCCCCCAUCAUCACUCCACAUGGACUCACUGACAAUCUACAUUCCUAUGAAUAGAUCAAGACAGGCUAUAGCCUUUGUAAAGGCUCUCACAAAACUAGUUCCCAACGUCAUUAACUACAAUGUGGUUGUGGACAGGAAUGGUGUGUAUUCCUACCGCAAGAUCGACAAAAACACAGGCGUUGUCCUCCACCGCCACAAAGUGGAUGAUUGCUCUUCGUUCAACACUAUAAUGUUUCAGCGCCUCCUAGAUAAU